AUGGCCAAGAUGACGGCGGCCAGUUCCGACACGGUGGUCAUGGCGGCGACGACCGCCCAGUUGCACGACCACAGUGUGCGCAAGAAGGCCAUCGUCUUCUUCGCUGUCGUCAUGCGCAUGGAGACUUCACCCGACGUCCGGUUCACGGCCUUGAGCACCGAGCCGUACGUCCCGUCGCCGAGCUGCUUCGUGAUCUUGUACUGGCUACAACUGCACCUCGACAACCUUGCCAUGGGGAUGCAUGCGUAG